AUGGCAUCCGUCAAGAUCGAGUGCGUGGCCAAUGAGGGCUACAGGAUUGGGGAAUCGCCCGUCUGGGACGAGAAGGAAAGCGCGCUCCUCUACGUGGACAUCACGGGCAGGAAGGUGUGCCGCUGGAGCUCCCUCAGCCAGCGGGUGCAGGCUGUCGCUGUGGAUGCUCCUGUGAGCUCCGUGGCUCUCCGGAAAUCCGGUGAUUACGUCAUCACCCUGGGAACCAGGUUUGCUGCUUUGAAAUGGAAAGAGGAGCUGGUAACCACCCUGACUCACGUGGACAAGGACAAACCCAACAACCGAUUCAAUGAUGGGAAAGUGGAUCCCGCAGGGAGGUAUUUUGCAGGUACGAUGGCUGAGGAGAUUCGACCUGCCGUGCUGGAAAGGCACCAGGGUGCUCUGUACACGCUAGUAGUGAAGCACUUUGAUCAGGUGGACAUUUCUAAUGGGCUGGACUGGUCGCUGGAUCACAAAACCUUCUAUUACAUUGACAGCUUGUCCUACUCGGUGGAUGCCUUCGAUUACGACGUCCAAACUGGAAAAAUUGGCAACCGUAGGAACGUAUACAAACUAGAAAAAGAGGAGAACAUUCCUGAUGGGAUGUGCAUUGAUACAGAAGGGAAACUCUGGGUAGCUUGUUACAAUGGUGGGAGAGUGAUUCGUCUUGACCCUGAGACAGGAAAAAGACUUCAGACUGUGAAACUUCCUGUUGACAAGACAACUUCCUGCUGCUUCGGAGGAAAGGAUUAUUCAGAAAUGUAUGUGACUUCUGCCAGCGACGGGAUGGAUGAAGAGUGGCUUUCACGGCAGCCGCAGGCUGGCGGGAUUUUCAAGAUAACAGGACUAGGGGUGAAGGGAGUCCCACCGUAUCCAUUUGCAGGCUAAAUAUGCACUCUUCAGAGUGGAUUAGAGAGGACUGACAUAAGCAAGACAAGUCACAAGGUCUGAUUCUGGUGUUCAGCAUCUUUUGCUUUGAAACUGUAACACAAUUGUAACAUCUCCUCAAGAGAGGAUGAAGACCUACUGUAAUGCAUGGAAUAUUUUAAAACUGA